AUGUCUCCAAACGGACAAUCUUACAUUCUCUCUACCAACGCACAGAGUUUGGCAAACUAUCCGCAUGCUCGCAAAGCCAAUGGCUUUCUCUUUAUUUCUGGCAUCUCUUCUCGUCGUCUAGAUAACACUUGGGAAGGUGUGAACAAGUUACCAGAUGGUUCGAUGCAUUUGGAUAUCAAAAGCCAAACCCGAGGAGUUAUCAACAAUCUGGAUGCUAUUCUUAGGGCUACUGGAGCAAGUCUAGCCAAUGUUCUUGAUCUUACUGUAUUCCUUAUUGAUAUGAAAUAUUAUGACGAGUUUAAUUCAGUCUAUAAUGAGUUUUUCAAUGCAGAACAUGGACCGACACGAACAACUGUAGCAGUAAAGCAACUUCCCAAUCCAAACUUGCUGAUUGAGAUCAAGGCAGUCGCACUUGCAAACGAGUAA